GUCUUGCACAGGUGUACCGGCUCCUCCCCUUCAGCUUUGCACAGGUGUAGUGGAUCCUCCCCUUCAGUCUUGCACAGGUGUACCGGCUCCUCCCCUUCAGCUUUGCACAGGUGUAUCGGCUCUUCCCCUUCAUUCUUGCACAGGUGUACCGGCUCCUCCCCUUCAUUCUUGCACAGGUGUACAAGCCCCUCCCCUUCAGUCUUGCACAGGUGUACUGGCUCCUCCCCUUCAGUCUUGCACAGGUGUACCAGCUCCUCCCCUCCAGUCUUGCACAGGUGUACCAGCUCCUCCCCUUCAGUCUUGCACAGGUGUACUGGCUCCUCCCCUUCAGUCUUGCACAGGUGUAGUGGCUCCUCCCCUUCAGUCUUGCACAGGUGUAGCGGCUCCUCCCCUUCAGUCUUGCACAGGUGUAGCGGCUCCUCCCCUUCAGUCUUGCACAGGUGUAGCGGCUCCUCCCCUUCAGUCUUGCACAGGUGUAGCGGCUCCUCCCCUUCAGUCUUGCACAGGUGUACCGGCUCCUCCCCUUCAGUCUUGCACAGGUGUACCGGCUCCUCCCCUUCAGUCUUGCACAGGUGU